AUGCUUGCGUUUUCUGCAGCCAAUUCCCGAUUAUGGGAAACACGAUUGGUAGCUACCGAAGCUUCCAAAAACGAAUAUAAAACCAGUGCCCAGCGUUUGGCAAACCAAAAUGAAGAUCUCAACUCCUUAUUGGUUAAAAACGAACGUGACACCAUUGAUGUCAUAAAAUACCAGAAAAACAAAAUGUCGGAUCUUGAAAAGGAGCUUCAGGGUGAGAAGGAGAAAGAAAGGAGCCUGAAGAAAACGCAUCGCCAGGAGACGGAAAAAAUAAUACAAGAUUUUACCAAGCAAAUCUGUCAUUUGGAUGAAAAGUUGAAGGCCAAAAAUCAGGAGGUUAAUUUGCUCAAAGAUGAGCUCAAAUUUGCGCGGGAAUUUCGAAAAAAUCGGCGGGAAAUGUUAUCAGAAAUUGCAGAACUGAAAAAAACUCUCGAAAUUUCGAAUAAAAGUCAUCAAUUGGAAUUUUCGAAUCUGGAAAAGAAAUUCCUUACGGAAAAAUGUCGGUUGGAAAAAGAAACGAAGUCGAAGAUGAUGGAAAUAACUGAAAAGACACAGAAGGAAGCCAUUAGCAACUUAGACGAAGCAACAAAGUUGGUUUUCAAGGACAAUGUCAGACUAAAGGAAGUGCUUGCCAUGGAAAUUUCCGAAAAUGAACGCUUGCUAAAGUCAAAUGAUUUUCUUACCCAAGAAAAUAAGGAAUUAUUCGAGGAACUGUCGACAAAAAAUAUGACACUUAACAAACAAAUGGUACAAGCGAAAAUGGAACACGAAAAAUUAGCGACAACAAAAGGCAAAGUAGGAGUUUUGGAAAAUUCUUUAACACAUAUCAUCAGGGAAUUUGAUGAGGAGAAAAACAAAAUGGUUGCUACUUCCGGUAGCGAGGUGCUGUCAAUCAAAGAAGAACUAGAGCGUCUGCAAAGAGUACUUGAGCUCAAAACCCGAGAAAUGGCUAAAAUUAAGAAAUUGGCCAAAACAAUACUUGAGCAAAGAACGGAAGUGGAGGGUUUUUUCAUGGACGCUUUGGAUCACGUGAGAUUGGAAAUAGCCAAUACGAAAUCAAAUUGGAAGUCACGUGGUUGUGUUUCGAUGUCUGCAUUGGAAGAAACAGAAACUAUAAAUAACCUACGUCGGGUCAAAGGUCAAGUUGACAUCAGUGACCUGACCUGGCUUCAAAAAGAACGUGUAUUACGACUUCUGUUCGCUAAAAUGAACGGUUAUUCUCGAUACACCACAAUUAAGCUACCUACCUCCACUAAAGACCAACCAGUGGAAGUGAGUUCUCAAGUCGAAGUCACGGAAUCAUCUUUUCUAGAUAUGAAAACAUUUCUUUCCGAUUCUUAA